ACCAGCGCUGGUAAAUAAUUUAGUAUUAAGUUUGAGCAAAGACAGAGUAGAAUAGAGUAAAAAUCGCCAAUAAUCGAAGAUGACGAACGUGGUAUCCUCAAUGUUGAAACCUGAUCAGCCAUUUAAGGAGCUUGGAUGUCCUUCCUGCAAUCUCUUGUCGCUUAACCAUUUGGCGUUACAGCAAAAAAUAAAUGCAAAUUUUAUCUUUCAUGCGAUUAAAAACUAUAAAAAAUCACCGACCGAUCGCAAGACGAUAACCUUCAUUAAAAAUAAGUUUCAGGGUCUAAAGAUCUUAUGGCUUGAGUUCCAGCGCAGGGAUAACCAAAUUCGACGGUAUUACAAUUGCAAGGAGGAUCAGCACGAAUACUUUCAACAGGAAUUGUUUUCGCUCGUAAAAGAGAAAUAUAUGCUAGCCCGUGUUCUCAUGAAUCGCGACAGAAAAAAAUUACUUUUACAUACAACUUUCGAGACUGGAAAUAUUUAAAGUUUAAAAAACGGAAGCAGAUUUAAUAAUUGUCUGUAAUUGUUAAAUUAAGUCUUUUUCAUAUAUGUAUGUAUAGUAUGUGUACUUAAGAAUAUUAAUACUCGCCGAAGAUAUAAGAAUACUCGAGAAGAUAUGAUAUGUUUAGAAAUAGAUAGAUAUAAGA